CUAAACAAUUAUGAAGUGCGUCGUUUAUCAUUAUGCAAUAUUAAAGCUCUUGGCAGUUUUAUUUGAAAAUUAUAGAAACUGGCGGCACAGUUCCAACGGUGCAGUUUAAAUUCAAGUUCAAAUUGUCGGGAGAGAAGUGUUUUAUGAAACUCGUUCGGCAUCGAUUUCACUCACUGAAAAAAUGCCUUGCGAGGUGGAAGCCAUCGAACAAUUCGAAGACUUGAUCUCGGACCACAUUGGUCCUGACGAGCAGAUGGUCGAUUACAAACUGACCAACCUGACAGCGCCAGGAGAAAACUACGGCUCGAUCAUGCUGAAAAUCGAUGUGGUCUUGAAAAACAACAAGACAGGACAAGAACGCCUUUUGGAUUUGGUCGGCAAGAUGAUUCCUCGACUAGAAGUUAUGCAGAAUAUUUUCAACGUCCAAGUAACCUUCAAAAACGAAAUCGCCUUUUACCUGGAGCUGAUUCCGGCCGUUCAGCUAUUUUUGGAAGAAAACAACAUACUCGACAAGGUGAGUUACGCUGCGCAAUCUUACGGAGGGAGAAUAAGUCUGGAUCCUAGCAGCGAGAAAGUCGACGAGAACGCGAUAAUUCUGUUGCAAAAUCUUAAGGUUUUAGGAUACACCACUUGCGAUAGACGGAAAGGGUUCGACUUGAAAUCGACUAGGAUCAUCCUGAAGAAUUUGGCCAAAUUCAACGCUUACCCGUUAGCACUGAAACUAAAAAAGCCCAAGGAGUUCGAGACGAAGGUCAAACCCAAUCUGGUGGACUAUUACCUCACGGAUAAUUUUUAUGAGUUCACCGUGAGGCAAUUUGCGAAAAUGAUCAAAACGGAGCAGGAUAUUGAUGAGAAUACUAAAGAGCGGGCCGUCGAGAUCAUAAGGAGAAAAGCUCUCAAAGUGACACACGAACCAUGGGCCACAGUGACGCACAACGAUCUAUGGGUGAACAAUCUCAUGGUGAAGUUCACGAACGACGAACCGGUCGACGCCAUACUGGUAGAUUUUCAAGUAUGCGAAUACAAGUCACCCCUCAGGGAUCUCUUAUUUUUCCUGUUUUCGAGCGUCACGUUAGAAGUCCUUCGCGAACACUUGGACGAACUCAUCGACCUCUACUACGAAGAAUUCGCGAACGUCCUGAAACUGUUCAAACUUAACACGGACGAAUUUUCCAGGAAAAACUUUGACCAGCAGGUGAAACUGGCAGCCAACGAAAGCGAAUUCUACCACGUGAUUUACAUGUUACCGCCCAUUCUAUUCGACGGUAAAUUGGCGGAUAUGUCUGAAAUCGGCGAUAAAGUUUUCAACGCAGAACUGGAACCGACCGACUUGCACAAAAAGCGGUUCUCGUUUACGGUAAAAGAGUUUGCCAGACGAGGGUGGAUAUAAAAUGAAACAACUAACUUUUCGUGGUGAAAUUUCUAUGAACUGCGAAACCACCUAAAACAGAAUCCUUUUGUUAUAUGCAUAUAUUUAUAAUUAAAGUAU